ACAAAUAGUUCAAAUGUCUUGACAAAGGAAAUGAGCAAUUGAUAUUGACAGGUUGUUUUGUGUUUGUUACUCUGUAAAUAAAUGAAUAAAAAUUAUAUUUAAUGAAUUAAACGUUCUUAGAUAUGUGCGAAUCUCAAUGGAAUACUUUAGCUGUCAUCACAUUACAAAAGCAGUCAAGUUUCAACGAAAUUCAUUGUGUUUGUUCCAGACUUUUUGUGCGAUAUAAAGCUGAAGAGGACCAGUCUCCAGAAGAUAGUGCAGUUGAAGAUACUUCAGAAAAUAUUACAUUUCAGGCAGUGAAAGUAAAAUCAGAUGUAGAAAACGAACCAUUGAGUUGUUACUGUAGUGCUUCUCAUACAGAUACUUUUUCAACUGACGAACAUGACAGUCUCAGAGAAACUUCAGAGGGAAGGCCACUUUUAUCAAAUGACUGUGGUACGGAUGCGAUAAUUUCAGGCAAACAAGAUAUAUUUCUUGAAUGGCAAAAAUUCUGGUCCGUAAAUGGAGAAAAAUUAAUUUGGGAAUCUUGGAUAACAAAAUAUAGCGAUUAUAUAAAUCCAGAAUUUUUAGGUUAUUAUGCAGAAAGUAAUGCACAAACAAUAACAGAUAGCAAUAUAAAAUCUGAAAUAUCGAAAGCUCAACUAACAAAAUUCAGUUUUGACGAUGGCCAGAAAAACAACACGAAAGUUUUUCAACGCGAGCUAUCAGAGAACGAUGAUACUGUAAAUAACGACAUUUCGGAAGGGUGGAAUCCCCUAUCCCCUCAGAGCAAUGACGGCGACACUGAAAAUGAACAGCUCCUAAGACCUCGCUGCAGUUCCCAUGCAGGUAGUUCUGUGAGGACAGUUGACUCAAUGACCAAUGUCACUCGAAUGACUGUCUCCUCAAUUGACUUCAAUAAAAGUCCCUCCGAUAGUCUCUCAUCAGUUAGUUCGGUUGAGAGUUCAGUUAGUACAACUUCUUCAUCAGAAGGUGACGAAGAUAAUGGAAAUGAGUGGAACCACUUAUGGAAAAUACAUUAUGAGCAAGAAUACCUUAUACAAUACAAUCAAUUUCUUGCAGACAGAGAUUAUAGCAAUACAUUGGAGUCAAUUCCCAAAUCAUUGAAACAUUGUGGCCAGCACAAUUUAUUGACCAAGCAGAAGACAGCUCAAACGAAAAUUGAAUUUAGUACCGAAAAAAACGGUCUUGAAAAUAAAUUUUCCAACCUGGAAAUGAAUAACGAUUCGACUGAGAAAUCUGAUUUGUCAGAUAAGGAGGAACUAGUUUCCGAAGAAACAAAGCAAAUGAUUGCCCUAGGAUUACCUGCCGCUUUCGGAAAACUUGAUGAAUGCUUUAUAGAUUCUACAAGGAAGUCUGAAGGGUUGACAACAAAUAAAGAUAAUUUGAACUCCUCAAGGAAUAAAAUCAAAGCAGCUUUCAAUCUUCUUGGUAUAGAGUUUACGGAAAAAAAGGACGAGUUGAUGAGUGGCAAGGUGGAUUAUAAAAUGAAGCACAUUCGUUCACAGAAUCGUUUAUUGAAAUUGCGCGGUGUUAAACGGAAGCAUACCUACUUUGAUGAUGACGGAAAUCCUAUUUCAGAAAAUACAGAUGAGGAAAACAAUCAAAGUAUCUUAUCAGACCAUUCAGAAGUCAAAGUGAGUUCAGGAGAUGAGGAAGAUAUUACAACAUCGGAACAAACAAUAAUACAAAAAGAUGAACCUGAUGUUUGUCUUUCCAAGAGGCGAAAGCGUAGAAAGAGAAUAAACAUUCCCCCAGAAAUAAGGAAGAAUUCCAAGUUAAAAAAAUAUUGGAUUAGAAGAUUUUCUCUCUUCAGUCGUUUUGAUGAGGGAAUUAAACUUGAUGAAGAAAGUUGGUACUCUGUGACACCCGAACUAGUUGCCAAAAACACUGCGGAAAGAUGUAGAACUGAUGUGAUAGUUGACGGUUUUUGUGGCGCGGGGGGCAACGCCAUACAGUUUGCCUUCACUUGUAAAAAAGUGAUAGCAAUCGAUAUUGAUCCAAAGAAAAUUGAACUUGCGAAGAAUAAUGCUCAAGUUUAUGGCGUAUUGGACAGGAUAGAGUUCAUUGUUGGGGACUAUAUUUCUCUGGCGUCCAGCCUCAAAGCAGACAUCGUUUUUUUGAGUCCACCAUGGGGCGGGCCUUCCUAUGUUCGUCAAAAAACCUAUGAUCUCGAAAGUAUGUUGGAACCAGUGCCAUUUUCGAAAUUGAUGGAGGAAAGCAGAAAAAUUUCACGAAAUGUCGCAGUUUUUCUUCCCAAAAACAGCAAUACUUAUGAUGUGAUGAAAUAUGCAGGAGAAGAUGGAUUUGUGGAAAUUGAACAGAAUUUUAUCAACAAUAACUUGAUAGGUAUAACAGUUUAUUAUAAUGACCUUGUUAAAAAAACAUAAGAAUAAAAAUGUACAUAAAA